AUGAAGGCAGUUACCAGUGUCAAGUGUCAAGUGUCAUGUGUUGGCGUGCCCUAUCGGCGAUACGGCCAAACUCUAUAUCCCAUCUUCAAGUCAGCAGGGCUUACUCGUGUCUCCCGUCCGUUUGGAGGACCUUGGACCGCCUUCGUGUCGGUGCAUGCGGGCGGCACGUCCCCUUGCAAUGGCACCCAAGGCCUCGACUCGACAGAAGACCCCCCUGAUCAAUAUUCACUCGACCUUCCUCAACUGAGCCCGGCGUCUGUGCCUCCUCCCGCCUUGGCCAGUGGCCGCACCGCGAGGCGGAAGGACGCUCGAGCGUCGCCGGCCGAACUGUUUCUGAUCGCCGAUUCCUGA